AUGGUGCUGGUGGUUGGGGUGAUGAUGGUGAUGAAUGUGGGCUCUGCGCAUGACUAUGCGGAAGCAUUGUCGAAGAGCAUUCUCUUUUUCGAAGGCCAACGGUCAGGGAAGUUGCCUCCGACCCAAAGGAUGACUUGGAGGAAGGAUUCCGCUCUUCACGAUGGAUCCGAUAUCGGGGUAGAUUUGGUGGGCGGCUACUAUGAUGCCGGGGACAACGUCAAGUUCAACUUUCCAAUGGCCUUCUCGACCACCAUGCUGGCGUGGAGCGUGCUGGAAUACAGCAAGGCAAUGGGCCCCGAAGCCGAUCAUGCCCGCGAAGCAAUCCGGUGGGCCACCGAUUACUUCCUCAAGGCCACGAGCCGUCCAGGAGUUGUGUUCGCUCAGGUUGGGGAACCCUACAAGGACCACAACUGUUGGGAGAGGCCCGAGGACAUGGACACCCCGAGAACGGCUUACUCAGUCAGCCGCCAGCUCCCUGGUUCAGAGGUAUCAGCCGAGAUUGCAGCGGCCCUAGCUUCGUCCUCCUUGGUCUUCAGACAGGUCGAUCCUGCAUAUGCAAAGACUCUACUUGAUCGGGCCAAAUCGGUAUUCGAGUUUGCCAACACGUACAGAGGAUCGUACAACACGUCUCUUGGCCGUAUUGUGUGCCCAUUCUACUGCAAUUUCGGUGGCUACGAGGACGAAUUAAUCUGGGGGGCAGCGUGGCUGUUUCAGGCGACGAAGACAUCAUACUACUGGGACUAUGUUGUACAGAACGUUCGGGGCUCGUCAUCAUCAUAUGCUGCUAACUUUGCUGAAUUCGGGUGGGAUUCAAAGAAUGCCGGGAUUAACGUUCUUUUCUCGAAGUUCGUGAUGAAGGGAGGCCCAUACUCAAGUCUCUUCUUACCCAAUGCGGAUCGCUUCGUCUGUACAAUUUUGCCCGAAUCCCCGACUAAGUCUGUCAAGUAUUCUCCAGGUGGCCUAAUGUUCAAACCUGGAGGAAGUAACUUGCAGCAUGCAACUGCUCUAUCGUACCUUCUUAUUGUAUACGCCAAGUAUCUAAACCAUGAAAAUCGAACAGUCCAAUGUGAUAACGUGGUCGCGCGGCCACAGAGGCUCAUACAAUUUGCUAAAAGCCAGGUCGACUAUAUUCUUGGGAGCAAUCCUCUAGGCAUGUCAUACAUGGUUGGUUAUGGAAACAAGUUCCCUCAAAAGAUACACCACCGUGGGUCUACCUUACCUUCCAUCAAGAAACACCCCAAAAAACUCGGCUGCCAAGACGGGAAGCCCUACUUCGACAGCAAGUCCCCAAACCCGAACGUGCUAACCGGUGCCAUUGUUGGGGGACCUGACAUAAAGGACCAAUAUAGCGACUCUCGACUCGAUUUUACGCAAUCUGAACCGACCACAUACAUCAAUGCCCCCUUUGUAGGCGUCCUUGCAUAUUUCAAAUCACACCAUAAAGCUUAA